GGGGAUGGGGUGCAGCUCCCUGCAGGACCCCCAGGGCAGUGCCAAGGGUGCUGGGAGGCUCCCGAGCACACAGGGGGACCCUGGCGGUGCCCCCAUUCCCUGCAUCCUGCUGUGGACCCACAGGCAGACGCCAGAGUGGGGGUUGCUUCACUGUCCCCCACCCGCCUGCUGCUGCCACUGCUUCAACUUGCCUUAAAACCACCCCAGGAAGCCCAUUCUGCCUUAAUGCGGGGUACGACGGGGAGGCGUGAGCCCCCGGCAUCGCCGCGCCCCAGCUCCAUCCUCGCUGCACCACACUGAUGGGGUUUCCCUUUGAGGUCCCAGUUACGGGACAAGGCCAGUGUCACAGCUGUCACCGUCACCAGCGGGUUUGGGGACAGCGGCCGUCGCUCCACGGCGGCAGGGGAUUUGCCUUCUCAAACUGGCCCAAAAGCCUUGCAAAGGGGAAGUCCUGCUUUGGUGGAUUUUGUGUCUUUUUUUUUUUUUUCAAGGGAGGAGACCUUGAGGACUCGCUGCCCCGCUUGAACAGGCUCAGGUCACCCCAAGAAAUGCAGGAGGUGCCGAUACAUUACUCGGGUGCAUCCAGACAUCAAAUCCCCGGGGAUUUUUGGGGGGACAUACGGUUGCUUUUCCUGAUGGCUGUUUAAUUGUGCAACAGCACUUAUGACCACUGACAGCUCCUGAGAUUUGUUGCCCUCACCCCAUUGCUUGUGCAAGGCCAGUCUUGUACCUCGUGACUUCUCUUUUUUUUUUUUUUCCAAUUUCUGAAAAUACCCGAAUUCCUGUAAUGCUAAAGCGGGGCAGAACGAGCCGUAAAACCCGCUGAAACGGUGGCUUUUUUGCACAACCUGCUGAAUUUGUUAAGAUUAAUGAGUGUUACUUUGCUUGGUGAUGCUGGGGUUUGUUGGGUGGUUGUCUUUUAACAGCCUCCACCCAAAAUCUGUCCGUCUGUCUAAUAUAAAUUUUUUUGUAAUGGGAUGGAAAUCUGAGCAGUGGGUUCAUGCCCAGGGUGCUGGCAUAGGGCUGAUGCUGUGUGGAGGUGCUGCGUGGUAUUAACUUUAACCUUAACAUUUAACUUUAUUUAUGAAAAAGAAAGGGAUUUCCAUUAGUUGGACAUGCAGAAGGUGGCAAAACCCUAAAUUAGUUAAUUUGCUGCCUAACAAGGCAGAAAAAUACAGCAUGGAGAUGGCAUUGCUGGGGGCCAGGGAGCAGGAGGCGCAGACACCCAUUAACCGUUCUGGCAGUUGCCUCCAGAUGGAUCCCUGUGUCUUGUAAUGCUGAUUUUUAUUUUAUUUUUAAAUUUUGUAAACCUUAAACGGGAUGGAAUCAUCAUGUUUUCUUGCUGAAGCUUUGCGGUUGGGUUUGAAGCGGGUUUGCAAGGAGCUAACUUCAUCCUGCUAAUUCUGGCAGGUCGUUUGCACGGCGGCCACUGCUGCCUCCUGCCUGGAUGUUAGACACACACCCGGCUUCAUAACUCAUAACCUUGCCAAAACCACGUGGUUUUGAGCAAAAUCCACCAAAGUCAGGAUUUUUAGUCAUACUCAGCAGCUACAAGGCAGUAUCCUGCACCUUGCUGAUGCCAAACGCUCCAAGCAAGGUUUUUGCACCCUCCCAGGAGCCUCCCUCAAGUCUCCUCGUCCCUAAUUGCUAAUUAGGAGAGGAAAAUACUUGCAAAAACCAGAGAUCUGCCCCUGAGAUGGGUGUACAGGGACGGGACAGCUGGAGUGACGGCAGGGGGAGAUUUGUGUGAUGCAGACAGGAUUUCUGUGCCUGGGGAUGCCCCCAUAUAGCAAGGAUGCUCAGCAAGGGUUCAGGCUGUGGGCUUGCUGUUUGGGUGGCUGCUGCUGAAAGCAAGAGCUGGAGCCUGAUGCCCUCACCCCACACCACUACUGGAGUCUCUGUAAGACCUAUAGCCGGAGCUGCAGCCAGCGAUGCAAAUACCCCUGGGCUAAAAACCUGACACAUGCAGGGUGCUAUUUCAUUCCAACCACGAAGUCAUCUCUGAAUCAGCUGGGCAGCUUGGAGGAAGAAAGGAGGAAACCCCUUUGCCAGCACAGGGCCAAGCCAUGAAAAGAAAUUCAGUGUAUUGUUCCUAAUGACUACGCACUUAGCAGCAUGUAAUUGCAGCAAAUAACCCCUCUUAAAAUUGGCAGCCUUUGCAGAGCUCCCAGCUCGUUUAAAUGUUGUUAAAAUUGCCUUCAUCUUGCAAACUGGCAGGGCUGGAUGGGUUUGCCCUGCCUGGGAGAUGGGUCAGGCAGCCAUUGAGCCCCUGGUUCCUCUUUCCCUCUUUCCCCUUGGUCUGUGGCCUGGUGCUGCUGAGUUUUUCAGAGCUUUUCCUUCCCCUUGCAAGACCCAAGAUAUCCCAAAAGUUUCAUACUGCAGUUCCCCCGGGGCCCUGGAGGAUGUGUUUGUGGGUGGGAGGUGAGCUAAAAAAAACAGCCCCACCCUUCCCUUGGUGUAAGAGCAUCUUCAUCACAUUUAAAACAGUCUUGUGGCAAGGGGUUGGCGACAUCAUCCCUCUUGGAGGGGCUUUUUUCUGUGCAAGGACUGCUCAGGGUUUGUUCCUAAGCCUGGCUAAGGGUGGGAGGGUUUGGGGUGGAUAUGGGAUCGCUACCUGCCUCUCCCUGGGGACAGAGUCAUCUUAAGUUGGAUGUUGGGUUUCCUGGCUGGAGGACACCAGGCUACAGCAGUCUAGAUGAGAUGGGGAAUACAGUGCUGUUUAUUUGAAGUCUUGAUGUGUUGUGUGGGUGAUACAGGCAUCUCCAGCUCAAACCAUGGUGCAGAAGACAUCAGCCAAGCCUGUAUUAAUGCACUUUUCCUUUGUAUCUCCCUGUUCAGACUGAAGGACCUUGAGGUGGCCGAGCUGGGGGACUCCGAUGUCCAUGUCAAGAUGUUGGCAGCUCCCAUCAAUCCCGCCGACAUCAAUAUGAUCCAGGGGACCUACGCCAUCAUCUCCACGCUGCCGGCCGUGGGAGGCAAUGAAGGUGUCGGGGAAGUGCUGGAGGUUGGGCGUCGGGUGACAGCUCUGAAACCCGGGGACCGGGUCAUCCCGGCGGUCACUGGACUGGGGACGUGGCGGACGCGGGGGGUGUUCCCCGAGGAGACGCUGCUGAAGGUGCCCGGUGACAUCCCGGUGCUGAGCGCCGCCACCCUGAGCGUCAACCCCUGCACGGCGUACCGCAUGCUGGUCGACUUCGAGACCUUGGCGCCAGGUGACUCCGUCAUCCAGAACGCCGCCAACAGCGGCGUGGGCCAGGCUGUUAUCCAGAUUGCCAAAGCCUCCGGCAUCAAAACCAUCAACGUGUUGAGGGACAGACCUGAUCUUCCAAAGCUGGUGGAGAGGCUCAUGGCCCUGGGUGCAGACCAUGUCAUCACGGAGGAGAUGCUGAGAAAGCCAGAGAUGAAAGAUAUAUUUAAGAGCAUCCCGAAGCCCCGGCUCGCCCUGAACUGCGUCGGAGGCAAAAGCACUACGGAAAUGCUGCGGCAUCUGCAGCCCAAAGGGACCAUGGUCACCUACGGGGGGAUGGCAAAGCAGCCUGUGACGGUGCCUGUGAGCGCGUUCAUCUUCCGGGACGUGCGGCUCCGCGGCUUCUGGAUGACCCAGUGGAAGAAGGACCACGCAGAGGACCAGGAGAGCCUGGGCAGCAUGAUGGACGCCUUGUGCCAGCUCAUCCGGAGCGGGCAGCUGGCCGCCCCGGCCUGCACCGAGGUCCUGCUCCAGGACUACAAGGCAGCGCUGGAGGCCACCAUGAAGCCCUUCGUGUCCUCGAAGCAGAUCCUCCUCCUCUGACCUGCCAAGACCUCAGCUUGUG